AUGUAUCUUUCCUCAAUUAUUGCCGUUGCGACCGCCGGUCUGGUCUGUGCGAAGCCCAUCAAACAGAUCAAACGACAGACUAUUCAAGAUACAUACGACUUCAUUAUUGCUGGAGGCGGCACUGCAGGGCUUGUCAUCGCGAAUCGAUUGACUGAAUGUCCCAAUAUCAAAGUGCUUGUGCUCGAAAACGGGCCAGUGCCAGAUGCGGUUGCCAACACCAAGACGCCAGGCGGGAAUCAGUAUCUUGCUGGUACGGCGGUUGACUACAACUAUUAUACAGUGCCGCAGAAGAACUUGGACAAUCGGAUUCUUCCCUAUCACAGAGGCCGGGGGCUAGGUGGUAGUUCGACAAUCAACGGCCUGUACUAUGGAAGGGGAAGCGCCAGCGUGUUCGACAAAUGGGUCCAAAUGGGCAACCCAGGCUGGGGAUGGGAUGACCUCUACCCUCUAGCCGUCAAGCAAACACACUUCAAUGCUCCCAACUUCCACGACACCAACGACCACAGUUUCGAGACGUGGGAUCCCACAGCAUAUUCGAAUGGAGAGCUCCAGAUCGCGUUCCAGGGCUUUGUGCCCGACUCGAAUGUCGGCUUCAUCCGAGCCGGCGAAGCGAUCGGUAUCGCUAUCGUCAACGAACUCAACAACGGUAACAACACGGGCGUGAAGCAGGGUACCGGGUGUUUUGACAGUCGACUCAGACGCAGCUCCAGCUACGAGGCCUUCUACGUGCCGAUCCAGAACCGCACCAAUCUCGAUGUCCUCCACUAUGCGUUCGUCACGGCGAUUCAAUUCACCAAGAGCAGCAACGGAACAUCCAUCGCCACGGGCGUGUCCUUUACAGAUCAGCCGACAGGGCAGUUCGUCAACGUCAAUGCCGCCAAGGAAGUCAUCGUCACCAUGGGAGCGUUCAACACGCCUCAGCUGCUGAUGAUCUCGGGUACUGGGCCAGAGGCGCAGCUGACCACCAACGGCAUCAAGCCAGUGUACAUCAACGAGAACGUCGGUCAAAACAUGAACGACCACUCCGUCUUCAGCAUCAUGGCCACGGUCCAGCAGUCGGCGUCAACCAGCUCCAUAGCCAUCAACGACAGCACCCUCGCGGCCGCAGAGCAGCAAUUCCUCGGGGACGGAACGGGCCCCUGGUCCGCGCCCUCGGGCAUCACCAACGCCUUCCAACAGCUCUCCGACGCGAUGCUGCAGGCCAUCGGCGCCCAAGCCGUCCUCGACGCCGGCCUGGUCAACCAAUCGCACGUCAAGUUCCUGUACGAAUCCGUCUUCUACCCCAGCAACGUGGCCCUCUUGCCCGGCAGCUCUGGCUCCAGUGCCUGCUCCUCGGGCAACACUGCCCACUCGCUCCCAAUCCCAUACUACAUCCCGCAGUCCAAUCUGUCGUACAUCUCACUGACGGCGUCCCCGCUCGUGGCCCUCAGCCGCGGCAGCGUCACGCUCAAAUCGUCGUCCAUGUCCGACGCCCCCAACAUCGACCCAAACUACUACGCCGACCCGACCGAUCGGGCCGUGGCGAUCAACGCGUUCAAGGACCUUCGCAAACUGCUCGCCCAUCCCGCCCUCGCGCAGUACACGGUCGGGCCCGAUAACGGCGAGGUCCAGCCUGGGGUGGCGCACGUUCCGGCCAACGCCUCCGACGACGUCAUUUUCCAGUACAUCCAGGCCAACACGAUCCCGAACUGGCACGCCAGCGGCACGUGCCAGAUGUUGCCGGAGCGGGAUGGCGGCGUCGUUGACCCGAGGCUGCGCGUCUAUGGCGUCCAAGGUCUCCGCGUUGCCGACGUGAGUACCGUGCCGAGAUUGCCGGAUGUGAAUCUCCAGGGGCCUGUGUUUAUGCUUGCCGAGAAGGCGGCCCUGCUGAUCAAGGAGGAUUAUGGCUUGACUUCAAGUUAUUGA